AUGGCUUCCUCCCGGCCUCAUGCUGCCGAUGAGGCAGCCUACCUGCAGGCACUGAAUGUUGAUGUGCAGAAUCAAGAUGAUCUGGAGCGAGACUUGGCUCAAAAGGCCGAUAAAUUGCUGGCUGAGAAGGCGGAAGAAAACGAGACCAAACGCCUGGAAAAGGCUUUGACUGAGUUAGACAAAGCCGAUGCCCAGAUUCGACGACUACAGGAUCGCCUCGCCCAGCCCUUGGGUACCGCCACCCAAAACCUUCGCCGCGUCGAACUUGACCGACUCAGGUCGCGCCGAGCUGAAAUAGUAAAGGAUGUGCAGGAUAUUCAAAAACGAAUUGAUGGGCAAAGGGAAGUCCAGCAGGCAGCUUCCUCCAGUCAUGGGUCAGGUCGGCUGGCGAACGAGUCUCGACGCGACUACCUCCUGCGAACCGGUCAGAUUACCCCGUUCGACCUCAUAAAUACCGGUGGAUCAGAGGGACCUGCCGCAGCUCUACAUGAUGCCCUUGCGGGUGCAGAGGAUGAACAAAGAGUCAAGGAAGAACGAGAGCAAGCCCGCCAUGAUGCUUCCCACCGCAACCUUGUGCGCCCUGGCCACGACUUUGACGAUAGUGAAAGUAGCGCUACCAGUAGUGUGAAGCGCCAAAAGGUGGAUGCCGGUCCUUCGCCUCUUAGCUCAACGCCCGGAUCAACCCCAGUCAGGAUGAAAAUCCGCAUGCCCCGCCGUUCCCUCUCCCCUUCGUCGUCCGCAAGUUAUGUUGCGUCUGAAGCUUCCAGCGUCAAGUCCGAAGACGAAGAGUACAUGCCUGAAACACUCCCCGAGACAAAUAUGACUGGCAAGCGCAAACGGCAUUUGGACGUUAAGGACAAAGGAGAUGAUCUGGAGGAUCUCAGCGGUGUGGAUGAUGGCGAUGAGUCUGUUUACCAGGAACGUUUGUUGAUAUGGACGAAAGCUCGGAGUGAAGCCCGUCGGCGUGAGCGACCCGAUUAUCAGGAAGAUCCAAAUGAGGACGAAUGGCAUAGGCCACAUCCUAAAUAUCCCGAUCUUGAACUCCCCAAUGGACUCAACGUCCCCGGAGACAUCGCACACUACCUCUUUUCAUACCAAAAAACAGGUGUUCAGUGGCUGUGGGAGCUUCACCAACAGUCGGUUGGUGGUAUAGUUGGAGAUGAAAUGGGUUUGGGAAAGACAGUACAAGCUAUCACCUAUGUUGCUGCCCUACACCACAGCAAAAUGUACUCCAAACCUACUAUUGUAGUCUGUCCUGCAACUCUCAUGGUCCAGUGGGUCACUGAAUUCCACAAUUGGUGGCCCGCGCUGCGUGUCUCGAUCUUGCACUCUUCUGGAAGUGGAAUGCUCAACCUGAAAAAAGAGAGCAGACGAGAAGAUGUGCUGACCUCGGAGAUGAUGGGUACUGGUGGUUCUCACAGUCUUUCUUCCGGUCAGAAGGCCGCGAAGAAAAUCCUCAAGCGAGUCGUCGAGGAAGGUCACGUUCUGGUGACAACAUACUCCGGCCUGCAGUCCUAUGCAGAUGAUUUGACCGGUAUUGAAUGGGGGGCCGCCAUCCUCGACGAAGGCCAUAAGAUUCGCAACCCUGAUGCCGGGAUAACGUUCAGCUGCAAAGAGUUGCGUACACCUCACCGCAUCAUCUUGUCUGGUACCCCCAUUCAAAACAGUCUUACCGACCUCUGGUCUCUCUUUGAUUUUGUUUUCCCAAUGCGCCUCGGCACACUUGUUACAUUCAAGAACCAAUUUGAAAUCCCUAUACGUCAAGGCGGUUACGCUUCUGCCUCCAACCUCCAGGUACAAACUGCCGCCAAGUGUGCGGAGACAUUGAAAGAUGCCAUCACACCGUACCUCCUCCAGCGAUUCAAGACCGAUGUCGCAUCUGAUCUCCCGAAGAAAAGUGAGCAAGUCAUUUUUUGCAAGCUAACACAAUACCAGCGCUCUAUGUACCAACGGUAUUUGAAUUCGGAAGAUAUGCAGUCUAUCUGCAAGGGGAAAAAAAAGUCUUUUGCAGGCAUUGAUAUCCUCCGCAAGAUCUGCAACCACCCGGACCUCGUGAAUCGGCAACUUACCCACCUCGGAAGUGACUACGGCCGCGAAGAUCGCUCGGGUAAAAUGCAAGUUUUGAGAAGCCUGCUUGAGCUCUGGAGGGACACUGGACAUAAGACUUUACUCUUUGCCCAAACUGUGCAGAUGCUGGACAUUUUGGAGAAGUUUGUUCGUUCUCUUGGUGGAUUCGCAUUUCGUCGGAUGGAUGGAUCAACUCAGAUCCCCAAGCGACAUGCCAUUGUCAGCGAGUUCAAUGUCGAUCCGGAUCUCCACGUGUUUCUUCUUACUACGAAGGUAGGAGGUAUCGGCAUCAAUCUCACUGGUGCUGAUCGAGUCAUCAUAUUCGAUCCCGACUGGAAUCCGUCCACUGAUAUGCAAGCCUGCGAGCGCGCAUGGCGUCUUGGCCAGAAACGUGAUGUGACAAUUUUUCGGCUCAUGAUGAAGGGCACUAUCGAAGAGAAGAUCUACCACCGUCAGAUUUUCAAGCAAUUUAUGACCAACAAAAUUACCAAAGAUCCCCAACAGCGGGAAGGUUUCCAACUUAACGACCUCUAUGAUCUAUUCACGCUUACCGAGGAGAAUGACGGGGAGCUGGAAACGACUCAACUCUUCAAGAACGCAGAAGUAACAUACCAAGAAGAGCAGAAGGAGGGUCCGAAGCCCAGCUUUCCAUCUAGGAAGCGCGUCACUAGUAGGAAUCCUACGCCAAAGACCAAACCUCCUUCCCCAGUUCACGUUAAAACCGAGGAAUCCGAUGACCUGGGCCAGGUUCAAGGAAUUGCCAACGUGGAAGACUUCAAAAUUGCAGUCGCUGUCAAGGCGGAAAAUGAUACCGAAGACUCCAGCAACGACCAAAACACCGAUCAGAAUGGCGAUGGCAAACAGGCCGAAGACCGCCUCAUGCAUAGCAUUUUCUCCCGUUCAGGUGUCCACGCUGCCCUUGAACACGACCAGAUUAUAAAUGGCAAACGAGUAGUUCAAGCAGAUCCCAAGAUGGUCGAAGCUCAAGCUCGCCGUUUUGCCAAUGAAAGUGCCUCUGCACUCCGAAAAGCUGAAGAAGCCGCUCGCUCGGUUCCAAUUGGACUACCCACAUGGACCGGCCAAUUUGGUGUCGCUGGCCGUGACAUGGGUGGAAGCUCAGCGCGUCCGGGUCGAGGAGGACCCUCAUCUGCUUCUCUCCUCACAAACCUGAACCCCGGUGCGGCAUUGAAUACCCCAGGCGGUCCUUCUCGGUCUACCCCAGCUUACAUGCCUCGUGGCGAAGAGUUUUUGCCCUUAAUCCAAAACUUCUUCCGCUCGCAUCGAGGCCCCAUUACCUCACAAGUGAUCAUCAACAACUUUAAUCACUAUUGUGCGACUGAGCAGCGCCAGCAGGAGUUUUACGCUGUGUUGAAGAGAAUUGCCGAGCUCGGCCCACCACAACGGGGUCGUAGGCUUUGGGCUUUAAAAAAAAGCAAGAACGCUUCUCCUCGCCCGCGACCUGAGAACACUUCUACUCCACGGUCACGGACCUGA